AUGGUCGCACACAGUAUCUUCGAAGCAGCAAAGCUCGUCCGAGCUCGCCACGCGCCCGCGACCGCGGCCUCGCAAGGUGAGGCCUCCGGUCACAUCGACACCGGAAGAGUCACCAAGACCAUCGUGCGAAACCGCGGUCGUGUCGCCGGCAAUUACGAGAAGACACGAAGCAGCUACGGCAGUUUCCAGCCAAACAGCAUCGACUGGGCAAUCGAAGCCGAUUGGCUGAAGCCAUUCCUUGGUACCUCGCCGCCGCCCAAGGACCCGAUGAUGCUAAGCUCGACCUUGAAGCCUGCCGCCAAGAUCGUCUACAUCCUGAAGCACGAGCUCACUGAUGAUGACGCCAUCGCUUUGCUCGCUGGCUGCGGGAUCAGCGAUAAGUCGUCCGAUGAGUUUGCUCGCGCUAGACAGCGGACGAGGGACUAUCAGUCGGAGUUCCAGGCCGAGGUCAUGAGCGACUUCAUCUAUCCUCGGGUAGCCAUGAUCAUAUGCGGAUGGAAGGAGCAGGCUGCGAAUGCCGACAAGGCUGUCGAAGACCUUACCCCGGUUGAGCUCGAAGCUCUCUGGCAGGGCGACUUUGACAAGGACCCGGAACGUAUGGUGGCCGCGAUGUGGGGAGAUGUCGGCAAGUCGAUCCCAUGGGACAAGAUUUACAAUCUCGGCAUCGGUAACGCAGAGGUGAAGGCCAAGCUACAGGCUGCGAGAGACAUGUUCCGCGCCAAGUAUGUCUUCGCUUGCGAGCAGACGCUCAAGAUGCGUUACUGUGACCCCGCAGCGCUUGAAGACGACGACGAGGCGCUUUCCUGGAUGACUCCGGCUCAACGUUGCUAUGCCAAAUGGCGCGGCUUCCGCCACGACGAGCGCUUCACCGAUACCACCGUGGGCUACGCGAGCCUUCCGAUACACGGUGGACCUCCGAAUGAUCGGAGGAAGCAGUCAAGUGCUAUUGCAGUCCCGAAAAUGAAUGAGCACGACGCGGAGUUCAUGGCCGCACUCUUAAACAGCGAUUAUGAAGGGGAAGGCGAGGACGACGACGAGGAAGUUGACAUUUUUGCCGAUUGA